GCGCGGCGCAGCGGGAGGGCAACGGCAAAUCACGAGCCACACGCGCAUCGCAAGACCAACGCUGAGUUAUCGCAUCUCGGCAUCCGCAUCCGCGCGACGACGACGACGAGGAGGACGACGCCGACGCCGGAGGCCGUCCGGGGCAAGGGGAAUGCGGAGCGAUGAGGCGGGCACGAGGCACUGACGCCGCCGUCCAGCGCAAGCUGCGCGGCGGCCGCACCUGCCACCGGAAGCACGUCGAGGACGGGUAGAUCCAUCUCUUGGUAGUAGAUUAGUAGUAGUUAGGUAGAUUCUUGAGGAGGAGGAGGAGGAUGAUGGCGGCGGCGGCGGAGGAGGGGGAGGGGAAGAAGGGCGGCGGCACGGUGCUGCAGGGGAGGUACGAGAUGGGGCGGGUGCUCGGCCACGGCAACUUCGGGCGGGUGCACGUGGCGCGGGACCUGAGGACCGGGAGGAGCGUGGCGGUGAAGGUGGUGGCGAAGGAGAAGGUGGUGCGCGCCGGGAUGAUGGAGCAGAUCAAGCGGGAGAUCGCCGUCAUGAAGCGCGUCUCCCACCCCAACAUCGUCGAGCUCCACGAGGUGAUGGCCACGCGCUCCAAGAUCUACCUCGCGCUCGAGCUCGUCCGCGGCGGGGAGCUCUUCGGCCGCAUCGUCCGCCUCGGCCGCGUCAGGGAGGACGCCGCGCGGCACUACUUCCGGCAGCUCGUCUCCGCCGUCGACUUCUGCCACUCCCGCGGCGUCUACCACCGCGACCUCAAGCCGGAGAACCUGCUGCUCGACGAGGCCGGGAACCUCAAGGUGGUCGACUUCGGCCUCAGCGCGCUCGCCGACCACGCCCGCGCCGACGGCCUCCUCCACACGCUCUGCGGCACGCCGGGGUACGCCGCGCCCGAGGUGCUCCGCGACAAGGGCUACGACGGCGCCAAGGCCGACCUCUGGUCCUGCGGCGUCAUCCUCUACGUGCUCCUCGCCGGGUCCCUCCCGUUCCCCGACGACAACAUCGUCACCCUGUACCGGAAGGCCCAGCGCGGCGACUACCGGUGCCCGGCGUGGCUGUCCACCGACGCGCGCCGCCUCAUCCCCAGGCUGCUCGACCCCAACCCGACCACCCGCAUCAGCGUCGCGCAGCUCGUCGAGACGCCGUGGUUCAAGAAGACGUCCAUCUCCAGGCCUGUGAGCAUAGAGCUUCCUCCGGCCUUUGCCGAUCCUGCUCCGGCUAAGGAGGAGGCCGAGAAGGACGAGCCGGAGACGCUGAACGCGUUCCACCUGAUAUCACUCUCGGAGGGGUUCGACCUCUCGCCGCUGUUCGAGGGGGACUCGGCCAAGGGGAGGCGGGACGGUGGCAUGCUGUUCGCGACGCGGGAGCCAGCGAGCGGCGUGAUCUCCCGCCUCGAGGGGGUGGCGGCGCGCGGCGGCGGCCGGAUGCGGGUGACCAAGAGCGGCGCCCGCGGCGUGCGCCUGGAGGGCGCGGAGCGCGGCGGGGCCAAGGGCCGCCUCGCCGUGGCCGCCGACAUCUUCAGCGUGGCGCCCUCCGUCCUCGUCGUCGACGUCAAGAAGGACGGCGGCGACACGCUCGAGUACCGCUCAUUCUGCAGCGAGGAGCUCCGGCCGGCGCUCCAGGACAUCGUCUGGGGCGCCGCCGCCGACCCAACGCCGACCGCCGCCGUCUGAUGCCACCAUUGUUAGCGUCCAAAGUCAUUGUGUCACAGUAGCCGAUGCUGUUCUUCCUCCUCCUGUGCUUGAUUCGAUAGCGACGUGCAUGAACUAGUAUCGCUGUUUGGGUGGUGGGGGCAGUUGGCAAGAACAAAUCUGUAUCUCUGCCUCAAAAGCAACAGCAUUUUUUUUUCUUUUGCACAAGUUGCAAUUGUUUUUGUGAUGGUCUUUGCUUACAUCUGAAUAUUCCGUGUCUUCUCUGGGACAAUCUCUGCUGCAUGAUUGAUGGUCUUUGCUGUUUA